AGCAAGAUGUUUUAAUUUCAUUCUAUUGCGAGAGAUCGACAGAAGACGAAGUAAUGAUGGAAUCAGAGGAUCGGUUAUUUAAAGCCACGUGGAUUAAUCCACAUACUUAUAAAUGCAGAUUAGCUGACUUUUGUGAAUUUGGUAAGCGAACGGUGACGGUUUAUGUGAAUGAAGAGAAGUUGGGUUCAACUCAUGUGUUCAUCCAAGACAGAACACAGUGUUUUCUAGAUGAAAUCAGUGACGUGAGGUCACCUCUACAUUACCUGAAAGAGAUUUUAGAUAUGGCACAGGGCAGGGAGGAGAAGCUUCAUUCCGAAAUGUCGGAGUCUAUGAUACUUAAAGCAACAAAAAAGCUGCUGAAAACAUUGCAAGAAAAAUCUAUUGUAUCUAACAAUUUAGAAACUCUUCACAGUAAAGGUGAACAAGAUUCUAUAGAAGUGGACAACACGUCGAGAGAGGAAGGGGAGGUUAUCUUCCGUCGUCGACCAACCAGACAGGCAUUUAAAAAAAGGAGUAUAUCAAAUAAAUCAGACUUAGAUCGUGACAUCAGCGAGGAGGAACAGCGAGUUUGGAUAGAAAGACAACGGCGCAGAAGUCAACGGAUAUCUCGUACACUACAACACGUAUGCUCGAAGGAGGACUUUCCUUCAAUUGAUUUAAACAGAGACUUGUUGAAAUCCCUGCCUUCAGACUUUUUCAAAAACUUGACUCUGUGAAGUGAAAUACAAUAACAUCCUCACUGUUUAUGUUGCAGCAAAUACCAAUGUCCCUUGUUUCAUUGUAUUGCUGCUUGGUUGAUCUUCAAGCUAUAAAAGAAUUUCAUCGCAGUAUGUAAAACUGUUUGGGA